GCUCGGCGUACGGUGUUAGGCCGGUCUCCAGGCCCAGGCUCAGGCCCAGGCUUGCGUUCCAGGCCCUUGCUCGAAGACAGGCCGGUGGCCGCGGCGACGCUCAAGAGACAGCGAAGGACGCAGCGGAGCACUCGCUGAGGUGCCCGGCCUCGCCCCCGAGCGAGCCGCGGAACCGCAGUACGUGGCGGCGCCUCCCCCUUGUUCCCAAGCGGAACUGCUGAAGCAGCGGCAGCGCAGGCCGGACAGACGAGGUGAACCGGGUCAUUUAACUGCCUUCAGGGGAUGAUUCAGCUGCAUCAUAAUCAGAUUUGAGAUCCACAGCCCUUUGUGGUCCUGCUACAGGACGAUUUUCAGUGGAUGAGUGACCGGUGUGCCCUGAGGUGUGCCACAGUGACUGCUUGCCCUUGAUAAGGAAAACGAGCAUUCCUACCCUUUGGACACCUCGUUUCCUGUAAAACAUUCAGGUUAUAAAUCUCUUUCUUUGGCAUACAUCUUUGUGCGAGAGGAAGGCUUUCACAUGAAAGUGUCUCUUGGUAACGGCGAAAUGGGCGUCUCUGCCCAUUUGCAGCCUUGCAAGGCAGGAACCACACGGUUUUUUACCAGCAAUACGCAUAGUUCAGUGGUGUUGCAAGGCUUUGAUCAGCUUAGAACAGAAGGAUUGCUUUGUGAUGUGACCCUGGUACCAGGUGAUGGAGAUGAAAUCUUUCCUGUCCACAGAGCUAUGAUGGCGUCUGCUAGUGAUUAUUUCAAGGCUAUGUUCACGGGUGGAAUGAAAGAACAAGAUUUAAUGUGCAUUAAGCUUCAUGGCGUGAACAAGGUUGGUCUGAAAAAAAUCAUUGAUUUUAUUUAUACUGCAAAACUUUCUCUUAAUAUGGAUAAUCUUCAGGACACACUUGAAGCUGCCAGCUUUUUACAAAUUUUACCUGUUUUGGACUUCUGUAAAGUGUUUCUUAUAUCAGGAGUUUCUCUAGAUAACUGUGUUGAGGUUGGGCGAAUUGCUAACACCUACAAUCUUAUAGAAGUGGAUAAAUAUGUUAACAAUUUCAUCCUGAAGAACUUUCCUGCUUUAUUGAGUACCGGGGAAUUUCUAAAACUUCCAUUUGAACGGCUUGCCUUUGUGCUUUCCAGUAAUAGUCUUAAGCACUGUACUGAACUUGAACUUUUCAAGGCUGCCUGUCGCUGGCUAAGGUUGGAAGACCCUAGGAUGGACUGUGCUGCAAAAUUAAUGAAGAAUAUUCGAUUUCCACUGAUGACACCACAGGACCUCAUCAAUUACGUUCAGACAGUAGAUUUCAUGAGAACAGACAAUACCUGUGUUAAUUUGCUUUUGGAAGCCAGCAAUUACCAAAUGAUGCCAUAUAUGCAGCCAGUGAUGCAGUCAGAUAGAACUGCCAUUCGAUCUGACUCUACUCACUUGGUUACAUUAGGAGGAGUUUUGAGGCAGCAGCUGGUUGUCAGUAAAGAAUUACGGAUGUAUGAUGAAAGGGCACAAGAGUGGAAAUCUUUAGCCCCCAUGGAUGCUCCUCGUUACCAGCAUGGCAUUGCUGUAAUUGGAAACUUUCUUUAUGUAGUUGGUGGUCAAAGUAAUUAUGAUACAAAAGGAAAAACUGCUGUCGAUACCGUUUUCAGAUUUGAUCCUCGAUAUAAUAAAUGGAUGCAGGUUGCAUCAUUAAAUGAAAAGCGCACAUUCUUCCACUUGAGUGCCCUCAAAGGACAUUUGUAUGCAGUUGGUGGGCGCAGUGCAGCUGGUGAACUGGCCACAGUAGAAUGUUACAACCCAAGAAUGAAUGAGUGGAGCUAUGUUGCAAAAAUGAGUGAGCCCCACUAUGGCCAUGCUGGAACAGUGUAUGGAGGCUUAAUGUAUAUUUCAGGAGGAAUUACUCAUGACACUUUCCAAAAUGAGCUCAUGUGUUUUGACCCAGAUACAGACAAAUGGACACAGAAGGCUCCAAUGACUACAGUCAGAGGUCUGCAUUGUAUGUGUACAGUUGGAGACAAGCUCUAUGUCAUUGGUGGCAAUCACUUCAGAGGAACAAGUGAUUAUGAUGAUGUCCUAAGCUGUGAAUACUAUUCACCAACCCUUGACCAGUGGACACCAAUUGCUGCUAUGUUAAGAGGUCAAAGUGAUGUUGGAGUUGCUGUCUUUGAAAACAAAAUCUAUGUUGUUGGUGGAUAUUCUUGGAAUAAUCGUUGUAUGGUAGAAAUUGUCCAGAAAUACGACCCAGAAAAAGAUGAGUGGCAUAAAGUUUUUGACCUUCCAGAGUCACUUGGUGGCAUUCGAGCUUGUACCCUCACAGUUUUUCCACCGGAAGAAAACCCUGGGUCACCUUCUAGAGAAUCACCUCUUUCAGCACCUUCAGAUCAUUCUUAGGUCUAAGGUUAUUGCUCUUUGAAAGUGUGAAGUGUCUACACAAUAUUUCAUUCCAUGAGCCAUGUCAUAAUUUUUUCCAUUUCCCUAUGUGUAGAUAUUUAAACAUCUACCCCAAAUU